GAGAGAGAGAAAGAAAGAGAGAGAUGGUGAGGACAAGCUGCUGUGACAAAACUGGACUAAAGAAGGGAACCUGGACGCCAGAAGAAGAUAUGAAGCUCAAGGCUUAUAUUACCAAGUAUGGCUGCUGGAACUGGCGCCAACUUCCCAAGUUUGCAGGACUAUCAAGGUGUGGGAAGAGUUGUAGACUUCGAUGGAUGAAUUAUCUACGGCCAAACCUCAAAAGGGGCAGCCUCAGCAAGGAAGAAGAGGACAUCAUCAUCAAAUUACACGAUUCACUUGGAAAUAGAUGGUCUGCUAUUGCCGCCAAGUUACCAGGAAGAACCGACAACGAGAUCAAGAACCACUGGCACACCUAUCUCAAGAAACGCUCAAUCCACAAAGAUGAAAAUCCCAUCUCUAAUUCUCAUCGUUCUAAACGCAAAAGUAGGAAAGAGAAGCGAUCAAAAACAAGCAUUGAUGCUUCCUCCAACAUUCCAACUCAACAAAUCAUCGAAAGCUCCCAAUUAUCGGCGCCACCGCUGCCACCACCGUCAUCCAUGGAAUCAUGUCCUUUGGUCACAGAUACUACUGUCUCUCCCCUAGAAAUGUUGGCUGAAACUGAGGAAAGUUUCUGGAAUGAACCAUUCUUCGAAGAUAACUACGAUGUCAGUGUCGGAUUCUUGUAUUCGAAUUCCCCGAUGAUUGGGGAAGAAUUUAUGUGUUCGUAUGGAUUAUGUGAGGAGUAUUACAAUGUCUUCAACUGGUAAGGCCAAGUAAGUAUAUAUAUAUAUAUAGGAUAUGUAUUGAGAGAGAGAAUGGAAGAGUAGAGAAAAAUCUAUUCUUCAUAUGUGCCAAGUUUUAUAUUUGUGUUAAAGAGUUGUUUGUAGUAAACAUAAAAGUUCUCU